GAAUCGAUCGCUAAACAAUCUGCAUGAAAAGUUCGUAAUUUAUUAACAUGUUCAAGUUCUUCGUGAUCCUGACCAUAUGCUGCGUGGCCGUACUCCUGCCUGUGUUCUCCUUGUUCUACCUGCUAUCCAACAAGGGGGAGAACAUAAACCUUGGCUGGUUUCUGGAGAGCACCUCCCCCUACAUGUGGGCCAACAUCGGCGUGGCCCUGGCCGUCUCACUGUCGGUAGUAGGAGCUUCAGCGGGCAUACACACCGUCGGGACUUCAAUAAUCGGUGGAGGCGUCCGGACUCCAAGGAUCAAAACCAAGAACCUCAUAUCGGUGAUUUUCUGCGAAGCUGUCGCCAUCUAUGGACUGAUUACUGCGAUUAUACUCGCAGGUAUACUCGAAGUGGUGGCUGAGCCCAUGGACCCUGCGACUAAGAACCAGAAUUAUCUGGCUGGGUACGUGCUGUUUGGGUCAGGGCUGUGUGUCGGAGCGGUGAACCUCGUGUGUGGCAUGUGUGUUGGCCAGGUCGGAUCUGGGGCCGCACUGGCUGAUGCUGCCAACCCUAGCCUCUUCGUGAAGAUACUGAUUAUAGAGAUUUUCGGAUCGGCUAUCGGACUGUUUGGUUUGAUUGUAGGUAUUUACAUGACGUCGCGGGUCAAAAUGGGGAAUAUAGGAUAAUAUAAGUGUAACGCUUU